ACUCAUUCGUCCUUUUAGUAGUGUGGCGAUGGCAUCCCGAAAAUGGAGCACGGUCUGGCUGUACUACCAGCGCGGUGAAGACGCCAAUAAGGUGGUCUGUCUAAUAUGUUUGGAAGCCAUUCAGCAUUAUGGCAACACCAGCAAUCUGCUUCGUCAUUUGCGGUCGAAGCACCGGGCUGAAUACGCGGACGUGGAGAAGAAGCGGCAAGUGGACGUAGCCGGAGGAACCGGAACGCCGCAGCAUCGCGCGAUGAAGGCGUUAGCGCAGGGUGUGAACGGCGGGAGUCAGUCAGAAAUGCUGGAGUGUACAGCAGGAGGGAAUGGCACAGAGCAGGUACAGUUGAAGAGAGAAAUGGACAGAAGCGGAACAGCUAAUGGUGUCCAUAAUGGAGCCCCAUGUUCAUCCCUCAUGAAACCCAGGAAGCAAAGCACUUUGUGGGAGUUCUACCAGGAUGGGCACGAUGGCAGCGAGGCCCUUUGCUUGUUAUGUUCGGAUACUGUGCUGUAUCAGCAUGACACGAGACACCUGCUUACACACCUCCAGAAGAGGCAUCCAGUCGAAUUCUCCAAUUUAGACAAUGAGGCUGCUACAGAGCAGUCAUCAGGACCCAUGAGGCACUGCUCCUUAAAAAGACCCGCUUUGCAAGAGGAGGCCUGUGGGAAUCCUGGAAGAGACCCCGAUAUAUUGGAAGUUCUAAUGGUUGGAGAGACGGAGCAGGACCACAUAAGGAAGGCCUUGGAACAGGAGGCACGGAUGCUGGAGCGAGAGAGGGAGCUGACUGCACAACUACGGAGGGCACAGGAGCAGGAGGCGCGGGCGCUGGAACGAGAACGAGAGCUCACAGAACAGCUGCGAAAAGCACGAGACCAGGAGAGGAAGGCAGCACAGGAGCAGGAGGACCGGGCGCUGGAGCGGGAACACAAGCUGAUGGAACAGCUGCGCAGGGAGCACGAGCAGGAGAUGAGGAGGGUGCAAGAGUUGGAGGCACGGGUCCUAGAGCGAGAGAGGAGGGCCAUUGAGCAGCUGGGUAUGGCUCUGGAGCAGGAGGCUCGGGCAAUACAGCGGGAGCGUGAGGCAUUGGAGCAGCUCCGGCGGGAGUUGGAGCAGGACCGACGGGCCCUGCAGAGACAGCGUGAGGAGGUGGGCCGGAGCACAGAUGCUAGUGACGCAAACCUAGAUGUGCAGCAUCAUGAAGAGCAGAGCGUGUGACCAGCUUCGCAAAGGUAAUGGAGUUCUGGGGGGCUGGAGGUCCCAUUCAGCUCACUGUCCUCAUCCCUGAAACCAAGUUUGGAAUGACAGCACCAUGCUGUCAAACCUCAGCACCAAAUGGUGGACUUCUGCUCAGUUUAGUGUCCCAGAGUGGAGCUAACCUGCAACUUAAUUUAACAGUCAAGGACAGGACAAAGAUGGACAGUCUAAAAUGCUUAUGAAUCGUUAGAGAUAUUUCUGUGUGGUGUAAAGUGUGACUGACAGUGGAUUUAUCUACUGAUCAGGUGACAAAGUCUCCCUGAUCCUGAGGGCAGAGAAGGAGCUUGUGAAGGAAAUGAACUUCAGUGACCAGGCUGUUCUUCCUAGUGAUACUUGAAAUAUCAGUACAGGAGACCUGAGUGUUCCCUCCACCGUGUCUUUGUAGAGAAAGGAGCAAGUCAGAAAAAAUGAUUUUGUGGAACCAGUCAGAAGGAAGAAUGUCACACAUGGGUGAUAAGGCAGGCAUUUUGUUUGACGAAAGAGAUCAGGCAAGAACAGGCUUGAUAAUUUGAAUUAAAACUGGUAGUACAGAUUUUUGAUAUAGAGAAAGCAAUAUGAUGUAAUGACUGAU